AUGGUGAAGCCCACUAGAGCUGAUAAUCUGGUGAACUUACAGCUUCUUAUCACACGAACAAAUUCCAAGCUAGAGCAUUUUGAUAAGUCCUCGCAGAAGCCUGUGUGGAAUGUGACGGUUUCUCACUUCAGAGCUGAUUUACGUUGUGAUCUAGCUUUCAAUAAAGACAAGUAUCUCGGUCCUGAAAUUCUCACUGGUAUUUAUAUGCCGUUGCGGUGUGGUGGUAAUCACACUGAUAUCCGUGCCCUUGUUAGAUCAGGGGUUUUUAUUAGGGUGCCUCAGGAUCAGCAAGUGGGAACUGAAAGUGGCUAUGAAGCGAAAAUGUUGCCCUCUGCAACAACCAGAGAGUCAAGGAAGUUAUGGGAAAAUGCUGUGUUUGCCAAAAGUUUCAGAUGGUCGCCAGUAAAGUUAUUGGUCCCUUUAUUUCUUCUUGGUGCUGUUAUCUCUUUUUACAUAAAAGGAUCUUCAUCGGGCGGCGGUGAUUUGAAUUCAAAAUUUGGACCUUCCAAGAAGAAGAAGAACCGCAAAUCAGGGAAGGAUAGGCAGUCAGAAUUUGAGCUCACUGAAGGAAGUCAAAUGUUACUAGGCUUCAAUAACACUCUAAAUUGUCCUGCUGAUGGGAGAAAGAUUGGUAAGCUGUUUGUAUCGAAUAAAGAAAUUGCAAAAGGAAGUAAUGGAACCGUAGUGUUUGAGGGUAGUUACGAAGGCCGACCAGUAGCUAUAAAACGACUAGUUAGAUCCCAUCAUGAGGUUGCUUUCAAGGAGAUUCAGAACCUCAUUGCAUCUGAUCAACACUCAAACAUCAUUAGGUGGUACGGUGUUGAGUAUGACCGGGAUUUUGUUUACCUUUCUCUGGAGCGUUGCGCAUGCAGUUUAGAUGAUCUGAUCAGAACCUUUUUAAAUAUACCUAUAACAAAAGUACUGGGAAACAGAGAAUCUGUGGAAGCACUAGCUGCGUAUGAGAUCAAACUGGAUUCCUUGGAGGGAUUUAUGGAAGGAAACAAUUUGUGGAAAGUGGGAGGCCACCCAUCACCUCUUAUGCUAAAACUAAUGAGAGAUAUAGUUUUUGGGCUUGCCCACUUGCAUGAGUUGGGAAUAGUUCAUAGGGACUUGAAACCACAAAAUGUAUUGAUAAGUAAAGGGACGACUUUGAGUGCAAAGCUUUCUGAUAUGGGCAUUAGCAAGCGUCUGACAGGGGAUAUGUCAUCCUUGGGUCAUUUUGCCACAGGUCGCCAAACACGAGCUGUAGACAUGUUUAGUUUAGGGUGUAUCCUCUUUUACUCCAUAACUGGUUGUAAGCAUCCAUUUGGAGAUGAUCUUGAACGUGAUGUCAAUAUCGUGAAUAACAAAGUUGACUUAUUUCUAGUAGAGCAUGUUCCCGAAGCUUCAGGCCUGAUAUAUCACUUAUUAAAUCCAAACCCAGAUUUGCGUCCUAGUGCAACAGAAGUAUUGCUCCAUCCAAUGUUCUGGAACCCAGAGAUGAGACUGUCUUUUCUCCGGGAUGCUAGUGACCGUGUAGAGCUUGAAAACAGAGAGGCUGAUUCUGAAAUCUUGAAAGCAAUGGAGAGUACAGCUCCAGUGGCUAUAGGAGGGAAUUGGAAUGAAAAGCUAGAACCUAUCUUCAUUACAAACAUCGGACGAUACAGGCGUUACAAAUAUGACAGUAUCCGUGACUUGUUACGUGUCAUUAGAAAUAAACUCAAUCAUCACCGAGAACUUCCUUCAGAGAUCCAGGAACUUGUUGGAACGGUUCCAGAAGGAUUCGACGAGUACUUUUCUGUUCGGUUUCCGAAAUUGCUAAUUGAAGUCUACAGAGUCAUCUCUGUACAUUGCAAGGAAGAAGAACUAUUCAGAAAGUACUUCAAAUGCAACAACAUAUAA